GCAACCUUCCGGGGGGGAACCGGGCCCCAGCCUGAUCGGCAAGCUGGACGGCAGACCCUGGGAUUGAUGUGCUGGCCCGGGCCGCCUGCGGGAAGGUGAAAGCGAGAGGCAAGCAUGGGUCAGAAGGUCACCGGGGGCAUCAAAACAGUGGACAUGCGGGACCCCACCUACCGGCCGCUGAAGCAGGAGCUGCAGGGCCUGGACUACUGCCAGCCCACCCGCCUGGAGCUGCUGCUGGACAUGCCCCCGGCACCCUACGACGUGCAGCUGCGGCACUCCUGGAACAACGACGACCGCUCGCUCAACGUCUUCGUCAAGGAGGACGACAAGCUCCUCUUCCACCGCCACCCCGUGGCCCAGAGCACGGACGCCAUCCGGGGCAAGGUGGGCUACACGCGGGGGCUGCACGUGUGGCAGAUCACGUGGGCCAUGCGGCAGCGGGGCACGCACGCUGUGGUGGGCGUGGCCACGGCCGACGCCCCGCUGCACUCCGUCGGGUACACGACGCUCGUGGGGAACAACCACGAGUCCUGGGGCUGGGACUUGGGGCGCAACCGGCUCUACCACGACGGCAAGAACCAGCCGAGCAAGACGUACCCUGCCUUCCUGGAGGCCGACGAGACCUUCAUCGUGCCUGACUCCUUCCUGGUGGCCCUGGACAUGGACGACGGGACUCUGAGCUUCAUUGUGGAUGGACAGUACAUGGGCGUGGCCUUCCGGGGACUCAAGGGCAAAAAACUCUAUCCCGUAGUGAGUGCCGUCUGGGGCCACUGUGAGAUCCGCAUGCGCUACUUGAACGGGCUGGAUCCCGAGCCCCUGCCGCUCAUGGAUCUCUGCCGCCGCUCGGUGCGCCUGGCCCUGGGGAAGCACCGCCUCGGGGAGAUCCACGCACUGCCGCUGCCCGCCGCGCUCAGGGCCUACCUCCUGUACCAGUGAUGUGCCCGCAGCCUCCCCUCCACAGACACCUGGUGCCACCUCACUAGGCUGCCCGCCACUCUGGGUCCUGGAAUCGGUGUCCACGGUCACUGGCAGAGGACUGGCUCCUCCCAUCCGACCCUUCCCGUCUCCCUCUGCCAGACAGACAGAUCCCGGCAGUCUCCUUGGCCCCCUUCUGGAUGGUGGCCCCAGGCAGCCACCCUGCAUGCCAUAUGCCCCUCCCCCUGAAAAACAAACAAGACCGAAUAAACUUAUACAGUCCUACAUUGGGCUCUAAUCUGCACUCUGGGUGAGUUGGGGUGGCCUUCCCCCAACACCUGGGAGAAAGCUGCAGCCAUUUGGGGGUGCUGGGGCGACGGGGCCAGUGGGGGGAGCCCAGGCAGAGCCCCGGAGAGCUGAAGAGGUGCUUCAGAAUAGGCUAGCAGUGCCCAGUCCGGCCAAGGCUGGUGAAGCUCAGGAUGGCAUAAAUCCACCAUGACCCAUGCCGAGGCAGGAACCCGAAUUGGACCUCAUGCAGGCAACUAAGCGCCCAGCCCUGUAUUUAUUCUUUACCAGUAACAACAGCCAUUUAUUUCUUCCACUGAGAAAGGAAGCCUGUCUCAGUCCCUUCUGGAGUAUUCGGUUGCCUCUGCCACCUUCCCCCUCCCUGGGGUGCGUAUGCCUCACCUGUCCUCCCAGGGCUGCAUCUGGGCCAAGCGUGCAGAUGGGUGCAAAGUGUAUUCACCUGGGUUCUCAAACCUGCAGUUUCCGGGAGGCUCAGCCCUGGGCUCCCAAGGGUGCCCCACAGGGAACACCGGCCCCGAGUGCAAUAUGAGUGUCUUAGGGAACCUGUAGGGCUCAGACCUCUUCGCCCAGGGCUGUACUUCUCACCCCUCCUGUGAGAGCUUGGGUUUGGGUUGUGCUGGUCUCGCUGGAAUUCCCCAGGUGCAUUCUCAGGGCCUCUCGCCUCCCCAGAGCGACACCAAGGAGGGACAGUAGCUCUCUGUGAACAAGAGUCUGGGAUAUAACAAAUGUGACCUGGAGCAGAGUCGAGCCAUGCAUCCUGUCCCACCUUCACAGCCCCACUUGGAGCCUCUGCGGGAAAGGGAAAGGGGGCAGGGUCAGCCAUACCCUCCUCCCCCAGUGUAGCAGGCCACCUCCCUGUGCCCAUUUCUCCCCUCCUGGGCUCUGGCUUCCGUUCACCUCUGUCCAGGUACAAUAGAUGACUUUACUUGUUUCCAAGGUUUAAUGCACACACACACGUGUAUAUGUCUGUAAGAGUUCUUGAUCAACAGCUGCUGUAGCAUACCUUUUAUAAAGAAGAAAAAGCUCUUCCCGUGGAGUAUAUUUUUUAAAAGCACAGAAUUGGUGCCAAGACGGGGUGAGAGAUGUAAACCAGCCCCUUAUUAUUUUGAGGUCACCCUCCAUCCUCCUCUUUCCCUCCAUGAGGCGGGAGACCUUACCUGUCGGACUUGUAAAGAUUGUCCUGUCCUGACCCAGGCUGCCCGCCAGGGAUUUAACUAGUACACGGCCCAGCUAUGGCCCUGACCCAGGCCUCUCCUGGCAGCGGGGAAUGAUGGUUCUUAGUCACCUCCCUGAGCCGACCGCUCCCCAGCCCCCUCCCCUUUCCUGUCAACCCCAAGCCUUGUGGCUUACACAGUUUUUAAACUAUUUUAUGACCAUGAUAAUACUCGGUAACCUAAUAAAAGAACAUUGAUGAAAACAAAA